AAUUCACUUUAAAAAUUAAGGACAAUGAAUUAAGUUUGUUCAGGAAGCACCAAAGAUUGAGAUUAUCCUGGGAGUUUAUCAGAUUAUGCUUGAAAACGCCUGAUAAAAGAGUAAAAUAGUAAGAAAUGAGCAGGAAGUCAUCCAAAAGACAUCACAGUGAUAGCAGUGAUGAUGAAGCCCGGAGUUCAAAGGUGUCUUCACGGAGAAGGAAUGAGGAUACGAAUUUAAUUAAUUUCUCCUUCCUGGACCACAAAGCAGAGCUUACGAGAGUCCUCGUGGGUUUCUCGAAUAGUGAUCAAAUAGUCGAGAAUGUCAGCGACUUCUGGCUCUUUAUGUCACGCUAUGAGAGUCUCCUGAAGAAAAGUGGACAAUGCAUCCUUCCGGAACCAACGGAAGUACCUCAGCGUUCCCACAGGGAGUACAAUAAGAUGUUCUUCAGCACUUUGGAAAUUACAGUAAAGUUCUCAGAGCUUCAAGGAAGACUCUCCACUUACGCUUCGAGAGAGAUUACAACAAAGAGACUCAAGCAAUUCCUCCAAAUUGUCCUGCACUAUUUGGACUUUAAGCAGAAGGAAAAAUUCACAAAGCUCAAGAAGCUCCGGAAGAGUCAAGCAAAUCUCCCGGUGGCAAAGUAUAAGAAUGAAAUAAUACAGGCUGUGAAGGAGAAUCAGGUGGUGAUCAUAGCUGGGGAUACAGGAUGUGGGAAAUCCACGCAAAUUCCGCAGUAUUUGCAUGAGAGUGGCUUCCGGGGGAUUGCCUGUACGCAACCAAGGAGGAUUGCUUGUAUUUCACUCAGCAAGCGAGUCUCGCAUGAGAUGCUGUGCGAGUAUGGAUUGGAAGUGGGAUAUCAGAUAAGAUUUGAGCGCAGCAAAGGGCAGUCUACGAGCAUUUGUUUCAUCACAGAGGGACUUCUUCUGCGACAACUGGCCAAUGAAGCCACUUUAUCCCAAUAUGAGGUGAUUGUACUCGAUGAGAUUCACGAGAGAAAUCUCCAUGGAGACUUCCUUCUCGGUGUGACCAAAUGCCUUCUACAAGUGCGCCCGGAAAUUAAGUUAAUCCUCAUGUCAGCUACAAUAAACAUCCAACUCUUCAGUGAUUACUUUGCAGCUGAAGAGGCGAAGGUCAUUGAAGUUCCAGGAAGGGUCUAUCCCAUUAAGCUACACUACAUGCCACAAAUGCAAGACUAUGCAGGACCCAGCAAAGGUGGUAGAAGUGAGAAAUUGAGCCCUGAACCAUACAUUCAGAUCCUUCAGAUGAUUGAUCAGAAGUAUCCACCCACAGAGCGUGGGGAUGUUCUCAUCUUUAUGAGUGGUAUCAAUGAGAUUACAACAAUUGUGGAUGCAGCAAAGGAGUACGCAGAAAAAAAUCCCAAUUGGAUAAUUCUUCCUCUCCAUAGUAGCCUCUCAAUUGAGGAUCAAGACAAGGUGUUUGCCUAUGCACCAGAUGGUAUCCGGAAGUGCAUUGUGUCCACCAAUAUUGCUGAAACUUCCGUCACAAUCGAUGGGAUUCGCUUUGUUAUUGAUUCGGGGAAAAUGAAGGAGAUGAGCUACGAUGCUGCAUGCAAAAUGCAACGUCUCAAGGAAUUUUGGAUCUCAAAAGCUUCCGGGGAUCAAAGAAAGGGACGUGCUGGACGAACAGGACCCGGAAUUUGUUACCGUCUCUACUCAGAGAAGCAAUUUAUGGAAUUGGAAGCUUAUUCUGUCGCUGAAAUCCAUCGUGUUCCGCUUGAGAGACUUUUGUUGCAAAUGAUCUCAAUGGGGCUACCCAAUGCGAGGUUGUUUCCUUUCGUGGAAGCUCCACCGAUGGAGAGAAUUGAGAGCGCUAUUCUUUCUCUCAAACAACAUGACGCAUUGACAUCAAAUGAGUGCCUAACAAGCCUCGGAAUGGCUCUAGCAAAACUCCCUGUUGACGUAUCAAUCGGAAAGAUGCUGCUGAUGGGAAGUGUUUUUCAGCAACUACAGCCUGUCCUCACAAUGGCUGCUGCUUUGAGUGUUCAGUCUCCCUUCACAAAUCGUGCCUAUCGUGAUCAUGAGUGCGAAACAGCACGCAAAGAGCUGGAAUCAGACCAUGGGGAUCCCAUAACACUCCUCAACGCUUUCCGGGCAUGGUUGGAGCUGAAGCAAGCUGGUGGACGGAGGGAUGGCUACGAGGUGGAGAAUACGAGAAAAUGGUGCCGACGGCGUGGCCUGGAGGAGCAGAGAUUCUACGAGAUAACAAAGCUGAGGAGUCAGUUUCAAGAUUUACUCACUGAUUGUGGUUUACUGGAUGCUGUGGAGGGUAGAAAGAUGACAAGCGCCGAGAAGACGAUUCGGCAUGGAGAACUGAAGCAAUUGCGGCAUCUUCGGAGGGAACAUCGAAUGGAAACACCAAAGAAGCGAAAACUCCUCAAGAGUGACUCCUGGCAGGUUGAUGGGGAAGAUGAUCAGGCAGAUGGGAAUGUGGAUAUUCGGGAUGUGGAGUUUAGGCUGAGCAAUGAUCGACAUAAGAUGCAAAAUCUUCUCUCGAGUGCCUCAGCUUGCAGCUAUCGCGAUAUGAUGACGCUAAAGCUGAUCCUGGUCAGUGGAUUGUACCCCCAGGUGGCCAUUGCGGAUGAAUUCAAUUACUGCAAGUCACCAAGUCAGCAGUUCUAUCACACAAAUGCCAAACCCUUCACAUCCCUUCAUCCUAUGGGGUACUUUGCCAAUAAUCCCGACGUUCUGCAGUUAAAUGAUAGCGAUCGUGUUGAGGGGAUUGGGGAGUACAAAUCCAAACUAAUUAUCAGCUCCAGGCAUCAGCUGCUGUGCUACCUCAGUCUUCUGGAGACUACAAAACCCUACCUAAUGAAUACCCUCCGGAUGCCAGCUGCUCAGACACUUCUUCUCUUUGCUCAUGCAAUCGAUACUAAUCUCACGUGCUCCAGAAUUAUUUGUGAUUCCUGGCUAUGCUUGGACUUUCCUGUUCCUGAAUCAGGACUCAUUCUCCUCUAUCGUGCAUCGAAACUACGGAAAUUGUGGAAUAAACUACUGGAGGAGAAGCUAAAAGUUCUCACUGAGAGUGUUGAUGAGCCCAAAAAGUCCGCCGGGGAUGAAUAUGAGCGUCUUGAGAGAGAACUUUGGGAUGAUUUGACAUUAUUUAUGAAUUCCAAUGUUUACUACACCAUCCGGAGGCUUCUUGUGGGAGAUCUCAAGGGACUCUUCAAAGGACGCACUGCAGAAGAGGAACCACCAAAACUCAAUCCAAAUCCCUUUUCAGAGACUCCACCUGAAGUUCCUGGUGAAAGGGGUGGGAUUCACGUGACUGAUAACAUAAUUUACGGUAGUGUUGAGGAGACAAAUUGGAGCUGGAAUCUCGUUGAUUUGAGAAAUGAAUGGGAAUGCUCAAGAUGUUCCCUGAAAUUGGAUGCAACUGCCCUGGAAAAGCUGCAGCAUCAAUCAAUUUGUAAUAUAAAAAUUGAGCCAGCUGAAAAAGCAAAACAGGAAGAAAUUUCUUCGCCAAAAGCCUCAGGAUCGAAGAAUUAUGAGUGCGAGAAGUGCAAGGAAGUUUUCUCAGCGGCCAUUGAGAUUCUAAGGCAUCGCCGGAAAUGCCAAAUGGAUGUGAAAGGCGAGAAAGUUGUUUGACACGCUUUGCCGCCCUUCGCAGCUUCUCCUCCUUCUCCUGCUCCUCACGGCAUCGAUGGAAGUUCUCCACCACGACGCCCACGAACAUGUUGAGCACGAAGAAUC